GUGAGCAUUUGGAAAAGUUACGUAAGAGUAUUCUUAGGUCUUACUAAGAAGAAAGCCGGGACACACAAGGAAUUACUAAUGGACCAGUUUAUACUCCAGGCGGUGCUUCUCUACAUAGCAAUGUGUUUCUGUCCAUUACAAAGUCAAGAUAACAGCUUGUUUCCACCUACAUUCCUUAAUGUUUCCAAGGACCUUGGUCUUCAGCAGCUGUUACUAGAAUGGGAUGUUGGGGACGAAGCAUAUAACUCUGAAAGAGAAAUGGUUUUUAACAUCCAAAUCAAUCAAACUGGAGCGACUGAUCUUGUCUGGAAUGUGAAUUACACAACAACUCUCAACAAAUCAAAUCGACCUAUACAAUGGAUGUGGGUUUCCAAAGCACCCUUGGAGUGUAUGUUGUUUGCAGUACGAAUCAGGAGUCUAGUGAUAAGUGAAAAUGUACCAGUGUCUGAAACUUGGAGUCAUUGGACUGAGUCAAAGGAAGUGAAAGGAAUGGACAUAGAAGACUCCAAGGCUUACCUAUUCCCAAGCCAUGAUAUAGUUGUUGAAAAAGGGUCCAACAUCACCUUUUGCUGCAUUGGAAAAAAGGGGGAAAGGAUACAAUAUUUAAUGUUUGGUACCCAGAACUAUUUGGCAAGUACAAGCCACCGAAGAAUGGUGUUUACUGUAGAAAAUGUUCCCCUUUCAAAGCCAGGUGGAAUCGCGGUGCUCUGUAAUAACGUUUAUCCUCCCGGGACAAUAGUCUUUGUCACCCGACCGCCUGGUGAUCCCAAAGACCUGUCUUGUGAAACAGAAGACAUGGUUACAUUAAAUUGUGCCUGGCAGCCUGGAUCAGAAGAUAACCUCGCAGGGAACCAUUCCAUAAAGUUCAUCCUGUCUGAUAUGUCUAAAGGGAAAAUCAAUUGCCUUCCACACUUCCCAAAGAACACCUGCUCAUUCAAAAUUGGUACUCAGACCACAUAUAACUUAACACUGACGGCCAGAAAUGAUCUGGGGGAGAAGUAUACUAACCUUGUUUUUGAUGUAGCCCAUAGAGUUCAUCCCGUAACCCCUUCUGACCUCUCAGUUUCUGAAAGUAAUUCCUCUGCUAUUGAGUUACGUUGGAAAGUAAAACAUAAACUUGAGCUGCUUUGCCAAAUUGAAUGUCGUCAUCCAGAUGGGAAAGUGGAACUGCACAACAGCACGUCCCAUAGCACUGAGACAUAUCAUAUCACGAGUGGGUUGCAACCUUAUACAAGGUACUCUUUUCGAGUGCGCUGUGGUGCCGACCGACACUUCUGGAAAUGGAGCGAAUGGAGUGAAUCAAAAACUGGAUGGACAAAAGAAUCUGCUCCAUCAGGGCAUCUUGAUGUCUGGAGAAGCAUUAGCCCAGGUUUGGACUCUUGUAAUGUAACUCUGUUCUGGAAGCCAUUACCAAGCUUUCAUGCUAAUGGAGAAAUCAGGACAUAUGAGAUCUUCUAUGAAAGAUUAGGAGAACGUUCUAUGCCCGAGGAGGUCCCUGCAUCAAACAAUUCCACAAUGAUUUUUCUUAAUAACUGUUCCUAUACAAUCAAUGUCUUGGCGAAGAAUUCUGUAAAUUCAUCUUCUCCUUCGGCGAUCGUCAUCUCAGCAGCUUCAGAGAAUGAUCACAUGUGGGAGAUUAACACCAGUGCCUCCAAAGACGAUACAAUCAACAACACAGAGACUGGCAUUUACAUCUCUUGGAAGCCUCAAGGUCACUUUGAUGGCUACAUCAUUGACUGGUGCAACCACCCAAGGGCCAAACCUUGUGAUUUUCAGUGGAAGAAAUUUGGACAAAACCAGUCCAGUGCUCUCAUUAUCUCAGAUGCUUUCACUCCUGGAGUGAAAUACACUUUUGGAGUGUAUGGAGCUCAAGGUAACAGAGCUUCUUUGCUGGAGAAGAAAGCCAGAUACCUUAAAGAACUGGAGCCCCCUAGUUUCCCUGAACUGCAUAUAGUCACAGCAACUUCCCAAUUGCUGAAGAUAACGUGGGAUUAUGAUCAUAACGAGUCCCUCCCUGGGUUUAUCAGAGGCUACAAUGUUCAUGUGAAAGCUAAACAUGGGAAUUGCACAUUCAAGGGAUCAGAACAACUUGUAAUUCCAGAUAGUUCCGUAAUAUGCAAAUAUACAAUUGAGGACCCAGCUAAAAAGACACUGACAGUGAAACAGCCAGGGCCAAGCAAGGAAUACUGGCUUGAAGUUCUUGCUUUCAGCACUAUUCCCCCCAAUAUCACAGACACCUUUAUAAAGGGGACUGCAGUACACCUUAGGAAAGUAACCAUACCCCCUGACGGAAGUUGGGUCUUUCAGCUACUCCUGCUACUGAUGGUGGUACCUUUAAUGCUAAUAAUUUGUAUAUGUUUCUGCAGAAGUGAUCGGGUGAGGAAUUGCUGUUGCCCUAAAAUCCCCUAUCCCACUGUGACCCCAUUUAAGGUUCUGCAGUUGUACCCUAGAACCUUAUCGGCAGCAAGUGACUUAACUCCCAACAACAUAAUAGUGGAGGAGCAUAAAUCACAGCCCUGGAGUGGUGAAGAAAAACACUACCUCAGUCAAGACCUUCCUGUUGAGAUGCCUGCUGUGGAAACUUUUGCAUUUCAAAACGUGACCUACUUUACUGAAGACGCAAACCGUUACCAGAACCUACAGCUGCAAGGGGCAGAAAGACAGAAACCCAGACUGGUGCCAGCAUCUUACAAGCCAUUGGAGUGCCUUAUUUUUACCAGCAAUCUCGCCAGUUUAAAUUACCUUUCUCAAAUGGAUGUGCCUUUCGCUGGGGUCAAGCAAGGCAGCCGGGCUUCUCUUGACCCUGCUCCGUGUCCAGAAUACAAACCCCAGCAGGCUAUAGGAUCUGAAUCAAGCACGCCUGAUACAUCUGAGGAAACUACAGAGACACUUUGGUGAGCUCUGAAUCCACGGCAGGUGUCCCACCUGCACAUUUGAAGCCACACGCACACAAAAAUGAAAGUGGAAAGAGCAGCGGACCAGGGGAUAAUUAUGUGAGGUGACACUUUAGACUGAAUCACCGCUCUUUCUGAAGAAGAGGCAACAUACCAUACGAGAAGCCUUUACGAACUCACAAGGCCAGGAAUGUCCAUAGAGCAAAGCUGGAAGCCUUCCUUCGACACAAGAAGUGCUUAUGUUGGAAGAGAGCUUCAAACUAGGUUGAACAGGGUGGUAAAAUACAUGUGGCUCUCUCCUCGGCCUUAGGAUUGUCGCAGACACUUGUUUAUUUAAAACAUAUUUAAAUUGCCUUUGAACUCAAACUGAGCACUCCAGGAGAUGUACAGCAUGAUGCUAUAGCAUAGUGGUUAAGCAGCUGGGCUGCGAAUCCUACUGUUGCCGUGAGCUCAGCAGGUGGCCUUGGGCAAGCCGCUCCUCAGCCCCGGCUCCAGAGCUGUAUUGUGGGGAUAAUAAUACAUAGACUUUGUUCACCACUCUGAGUGGGGCUCUACUCUGUCUAGAAGAGUGGUAUAUAAAUGCAGUCAUUAUUAUUAUUAUUAUUCUAAGUGUACAACGAUACACACACACACACACACACACACACACCAGCCUAGACACACAUGCAUGUCAGUCUUUGAAGGCUGCCACACAGGAUGAGUUCCAAAUGGAAGCUCUCUCAACAGGGAUCGUGAACUCUGAAUUCUGGCACUACACAUAGUAUUUCAGUCUUUCUUCUGCAUGACUUCAUAACAGAUAGUCAUCAGCGACAUUGAUUUAUUGUCUUGAUGUUGUAAUACACUACAUAUACAAAACAGCUAAUUUUUGAAAAAAAUGAAUUUUAAGAUUUUUUUUUAGACACUCAUGUGGGGAGACUGGUUGAUCUCAGUAUUGGUCACUGGAAAGGCAAGUAAAGCCUUCCUUGCUGCUACCGCCUUCUUUUCCUUUGUAAGCAGGAACUCAAGCUCCUCCACUUAAGCCGAAAAAAACCCCAAGGAGAACAUUUGGAACAACAAUGUGCCUCUUAUAAGUAGAGCUCUGAAAUAAGUAAUGGGGCAAAUAUUCUUUAUGGUAUCCGCACCACAACUAAGAUGGCUUAAAGUUUAGAGGCUAAACUGAACAAAAGAGCAGCGGGAACUUUGGUUGGGAUCUUAACUGAAAGAUGGCUCUCUUCUCUCAAAAGUAUUUACAACUUGAUAUAAGCUAGCUCUCAUUUCAAAUCAGAAUCACUGUGGCUGAAGUGCCUAGAGGGACAGAUGUAUUCUCUGCACUAGCCUGCAGCAGUUCUUGGCACUAUGACCUUUAAUUGUAGGGCUUUAAUGCCUGCUCAGAUCAGCACUAUAUAAUACGGGAGAUAUCUUUGGGGUUUGCUUGAAAGGGAUAGAAUUUCUCCAUUCCUUUGCAUAAGUCAUUUGCUGAUUGGCUGAACCCAGUGAGGUGCUCCUCCAGUCUUUCAAAUGCCCAUAAGUGAAUUCCUAUUUUUGGGGUUGGUGCAUGGUGAUUUCCCCAUUUUUCCUUUUGUGCCUUUUCCUGCCUUCAACUAAGACAUACAUGAGUGAGCAUGCAUUUUAAAACAUCACACAGUAUUUUGCACAAUUCAGCUGACUCUCCUUGAACUGUUCUGUCUCUGAUCUUCCAGGAUAUGUAUAGUCCAGGCCUGAUUGUUCCUUUGAGUUGCUUGAUUAUGAAGUCUAGGCCAGCUGCUAAUGGGGACUCUUAACUGCAGUCCUUUGGGCAUCCAACCUCUGGCCACAAGGAGUUGGUCCAUUUGUGGUUCCAGGCUCUUCCUUCCAGGUAAAGGGAUCCAGAACCAGCUCGAACUAGAGUCUGGCUAAGUGAUGGUAGCCAGAAGGAGCAGCUUUUCUGUAAUCAGCAACCAUUAGUAGUGGAUGCAGUCCAGGCUCCUUCCAUAGGAAUAUACAAUGGGUUCUAGAUAAUCGGGAGGAAGCACAUCUGGUAGCCAACCUCUUAAUGGAAACUGGAGUUCUCUCACAAUUAAUGAUCUCCGCACUACAGAGAUCAGUUCCCCUGGAGAAAAUGGCAGUUUUGGAGGGUAAACUCUAUGGGAUCUCCGCCCUGCUGAGCUGCACUCCAGAAUCACAGCAUCCUGGCUGCUUUAAAUUUUAAAAACACAUACCAUUUUUCACAUCUAGCUUAGCCCAGGAGAAAAAAGGUUAUCCUAAAGAGAGAAAAUGACCUCUCAGCAGAGGGAAAGACCUAGCCAAGUGGGCUUCUUUAAGUAGGUAGUUCCCUCAAGUGGUACAAUUCAUACAUCCCAUCUCUCCUUGUGUGCUGUGGCUAAUAGGUUAAACGUUUUCUUAGCAAACCACACAUUUUUAUUCGGCACAUUAAUGUGGGACCUCACUGGUCCUUUUAAACCACAAUUGGAUAAAAAAAAAAUCACUUACCAGAAGGUCUUUUCUUAUGUUAUCUCAAUCCUUUUUUUGGUGAGGUGGGUCAAGAAGCUACAUGGCUCUUCUCUAAUAUACCGGUCUUGCCCAUUUUGCCUGCCCUAUAAAUCUGUGAGCAGUCAAAGUGAUCUAAAUCAGAUUGCAAAUACUUUGUACAGAUCCAGUCACCCCAAGUUGAACCUAGUUCUCAAGGUCGUGAGGCUCAAAGAGGAAAGAACCAUGUGUGCUGCCCUGGGCCUCCUCAGAAGAACGAUCAAUUUACAAGUCCUCCCUCUGCUACUUAGAAGCUGUAAUCCACCACAUUCUGACUAGGAGCCGACAUGAUGCAUGCCAUCGUUGCAAAAGAAGCGCACGCUCAAAAUUUUAUUUAGAUUGUAAAUAACGCAUUUUAAAUGAUGAUCACAGACUGACUAUAAUCCCAGCAAUCCAGUGAAUUAUAGCCAGGUGCCAACUGCAGCAAUCUCGCCAGGUACAAUGCUGAAAUACAAAAUGAUGAAAAAUCAUUGAAAACAUGUCAUAUUAAAUCGUGAACAAAAUCAUCAACACGAUUGAACUCAAGGGUGCUCUGCUCAGAAGAAAACAAGCAUCUCAUGCAGCCAAGUUUGAUCUUCGCAUGUAUUGAUUUGCAAAAAUUAAAGCAUCACUCACUAUGGUUUAUUCCCUGCCCUGCAAACCAGAUUAAACGGUAAUUUGUAACUUGUGCAAAAUGACAAAACUGGUUUUACCUGGCUUGGGGGGCAGAAAAUAAGCAAUAGUUAAUAGUCUAACUAGCUGCAUAUGACAGUAGGAGGGAGAGCAAAUGUGGAAAUCCAAGAAUUCCCCAGACUCACUCUAUAAUAACAAAUCAGGGUUUGUUGCUGAAUGAGAAACAUGUCAGUGGGUUUUAUCACAGAGGUGGUCUUUGCUUGGGUAUCAUGCUAUAUUACCUGCCACAGAAAGUACCUGAAUUAAACCAGCUCUGGCCAACCUCAAUACAUGGCACGAGGUAUAUUAAGGAGGCAUUGUUUCAGUAGUAGCACGUCACAAAUUCUCUUUCCCUUGUGUAUGUCCACAGAGUUGAGUCAAUGCAGGUUUCCCAAAGACAGAAUCCGGACAGUUAGUUUCGAUGGGCAUUUGGGAAAUGGUUCUUUCUUCUUUUAGCACACUUCCUUGGCUGGAUUUUUAUGCUGCAAUGGAUGCUGAUGAAUUGUUUUUAAUAUUUUAAGGCUUUCACGUCCUGUAAGCCACCUUUCAGGUUUGUAUUUGGUAGAAAGGUGGAGUAGAGACAAAUCAAUCAGUUGCUGCAAAUUACACACUUUCUUGCUGCAUAUAAGGCUGAUCCCUCUUGCUCAGCGCUGUUUCAGUACCAGCAGUGGUACCCCAUAGUUUCAGGGAGAGAAAGGUCUUUCUUAGAACCUGUUACCCAAGCUCUUUCGCUCGAGUUGCCAGAGAUUGAAUCCCAAGCCGUUCUGCCUGCCAAGAGAGUGCAGUAUCUCUGAGCCACAGCCUCUCUCCAAUCGUAGCAUAGUCUAGUCUCUACUUUUCCUGUUGCAGCUUUGCCACCUGGUCUUGCUUGGAGUGUGAGCCUCUUCCACCACAACCACCAUACAUUAUUUAUAACACUGUCCUAUUAGUAUGCACAUUCUCUGUGAAGGCCCCCACUGUAUGGAAUGGCCUGUCUGAAGAGGUCAGGAAAGCUUCCACUCUCUUGGCCUUCUGCAAACUAUGCAAAACUUAUUAUUCAGGAAGGCUUUUUACUCAAAGCUGUGCUGUAAGGAAAUGGCUCGGAGAGAUGCAUUGAUAAAGGGAUGAGGUCUGUAGACUACUACUAGAUACUGUCUGAUGAUGCAGAUCUGCUUCUGCAUAGUUGGAUAGCUUCUGCAUCGUUUAAAUGUCAUGUCAAAUACUUGUUUUUUCAGCAAUGUUUUGCCUUUGUGCAUUCAAAUUUCUGCAGUGCAUAUCCUAUUGUUUUGUUUCUUGACUGCCCCAGCUGUUGAUUGUGUUGGCUUACACUGUGUAAUCUGUCUAGAGUCUCACUGAGAAAGACAGAUUAUAUAAAU